CUCUCUUUUUUUCUUUUCUUUAUUAAACAAUAAUAACAAAAACCAUCAAAUUUUCAAAAUUUUGAAUUAUAUUCCCUUAACACAAAACACUCUCCUCUUUUUCCUUUCUCUUAUAAAUACAAGUGGAGCUCACACACUUGUCAUUUUGUACCCUUCUUCCCCAACCUCCCAAAUGGGGCCUUCACUCGUUCCCCCCACCGUCAUCUCCCUCGUAGCUGCCCUCUCCCUCUUCCUUCUCCUCCUCUCUCCGGCCGCCGCAUGGCGUCCUUGGCCUCACCUCGCCAAAUCCAACGUCUCCGAUGACCCCCUCGUUGGCGACUCCAAAAAAUACGAGGGCUCCUCGGAGUUCGUCCAUUUGAAGUACCACAUGGGUCCUGUUCUCACCGCUAAUAUAACCGUUCACAUUAUCUGGUACGGCACGUGGCAGAGAAAUCAGAAGAAAAUCAUUCGAGAGUUCAUCAACUCCAUCUCUGCCCACGAUUCCAAAUCCCCUUCUGUCUCUGGCUGGUGGCGGACUGUUCAACUCUACACCGACCAGACCGGAGCCAACAUUUCCAGGACAGUCCGGCUUGGAGAAGAGAAGAAUGACCGGUUUUACUCCCAUGGGAAAUCGUUGACUCGGCUUUCCAUUCAGUCGGUGAUUAAAAGCGCUGUGACGGCGAAAUCCCGGCCUUUGCCGAUAAAUGCCAAGAACGGAUUGUACCUUUUACUGACUUCCGAUGACGUUUAUGUAGAGAAUUUCUGUGGACAGGUUUGUGGGUUUCAUUACUUCACGUUCCCUUCCAUUGUAGGAUAUACACUGCCCUACGCUUGGGUUGGGAACUCGGAGAAACUCUGUCCCGGUGUCUGUGCUUACCCGUUCGCCGUGCCGAGUUACAUUCCGGGGCUGAAGGCGAUGAAAUCGCCGAACGGUGACGUUGGAGUGGACGGAAUGAUCAGUGUGAUAGCUCAUGAAGUGGCGGAGUUGGCGUCGAACCCACUCGUGAACGCUUGGUACGCCGGCGGAGACCCGAUUGCGCCGGUGGAGAUAGCCGAUCUUUGCGAAGGGAUAUACGGGACCGGAGGAGGUGGGUCCUACACAGGGCAGUUGAUGGACGGUCGUGAUGGGGCCACGUACAACAUGAAUGGGAUCAGACGUAGGUAUUUGGUCCAGUGGGUUUGGAACCAUGUGGUAAAUUACUGUACUGGCCCUAAUGCAUUGGACCAGUAGAGGAAUAUAUCUCUUUGUAUUUUUUUCUUUAUUUUUUUUUUUUUUUACUUUUUUGGUUUUAAUUUUGGAGGGAGGGGGGAGCUAUAUUUUUGGAGUGGGCUUUUGGGCUUUAUGGGCCGUGUGAGGGACUGGCUGUUAAUUAGUAACUUACUAGUUAAACGGUAGUUAAUCACGUGUUAAUAAAAAGAUUUGCGUAUACUAAUUAUGGUA